UUCCUUGUAUACUGUACCUUCUUGCACAUCUCCGUUUCCUGUGUGUGUUGUUAUAAAUCAAACUGUAACUUUAGGAAAAAAUAUGCCAAAAGAACAUUUGUAAUUACUUAUGAACUUUUUCUACUUAUUUCUUUAGACCAAAUCCCCUGUACACAUAUAGUGACUCAGAGGAUGAGCAGCCCACAAAAAAACGGUUUCCCCAGGCACCUCGAGUGAAAAUACCAGCCCUCACCACUCCGCAGUCUUCCCCCCAGCCCACUGACAGCAGGCAUCAUAAUGCCCCUCCCAGCUUCCGGCACCUUUCGCCACUCCGGCAGAACACUCCAAACGACACAGCUUUGCAAUCUCCCCAGCAUGCAGAGUCUGAUGUCGAGGCCUUCCCUAUAGAUGAUUCCAGAGACUCUGUGAGGCCACUAUUACAAGAUGCGACCUCACAAAAGAUGUUAACUAUGCUGUCAGACCUGACGAGAUCUCUUAACGAACUCCGUGAGGAGGUCAGAGCCAUCCGCAAUACCAGCUCCAAUGAAUCGGUAGAUGCUGGGGUACUCCCUUUGGAUUUGCCCUUGCACAACAUUGAGGAGCUAAACAAUGCAGAGGCAGCUCUUCAAUCGCAAGAGGCAAAUAAGGCAAUGGUGAGACGCUUUGCCUUGAUUGGAGGGACCACACUGGAGGUGCAAGUCCGCUGUGUAAUGGCUUAUGCCAUCACAAACGAGCUGGCCUCGGUACUAAACUGGGCAGGGAAAAAAACAAAGGACCAGACGAAGCAAAAAAGGGCAUUUAAAGAUACUGCGCUGUGCAGAUGCAUAUUUGAUGGCCUGACGCAGCAGUUAGGGGCAAACUCUAUGUCAGAGUUUGUCUUUGCACAGGCAGUGCAGAAAUGGCUCCGAUACGCCCCAGACCGUUUGGGUGGCGCAGGACGCACAUCAUCCGUCCCCAUCCCGGAGUAAAAACUACAAAGUUAUGUUAAAAUAUAAAUGUAAAUAGAAAACUGUGUUUUAAUAAAGUAUUUAGCAAACGAAACAUGUCUAUUGACCUUUUUUUGUUUAGUUUUUUUUUUUCCCUGUUACAUCACAUGCAAUGCUUUCUUAUUUUAGGAUAUUAAUAUUGACAUGUUACAUUGUGAGACAUUUGAUUUUUAUAAAGGGUGUCCAGUUUGAGGAAUAAGUGCAAUUAUGUGUUUAGGUGGUUUAAGUAUUGAUGGAAACAUGCAGUAGUUUAGUAUUGGUUAAAAUAACUAUAAAGAAAGGUAGAUUACCAGU